GACCCGAGCAGAACGAUGUGCGAUUCGUAUUGCCGACCGUCCUACAGCAAGAAGAAGACCGUCCGUUAAUAUAUUAAUAUCAUCGCCGCACGGCGAACAUCAAAAUAUAACAUUCUUCUUGUACGUCUUUUCGUUUUCAUUAUCUCAUCGGAUUACGAUUUUCACCGCUCACUGACGUCAUGUUGUUGAAGUUAACGCCGUUUUUGGCGGCUGUGAUUUUUUGCUGCGCAGCGGUUACAGUAAACGUAGAAGACAAACCGACAGAGAAACCAAUCGAUAAACGGAACACAGUCAAUGGUUAUGGUUCUUACGCCGGCGGUUAUGCUCCGGCCGUAGAUUACGGUGCGGCGGCAGGACAAGAAGGCGUUGCGGCUUACCAAUACGCCGCAGCGGCUCCGAUCGCAACCGGUCAAUACGCCGCGGUGCCGGCGGCUGCUUCCAUCGGUGCCUUAGUGGUGCCCACCAACCAGCUGUUCUACCCGCAGCAACAAGCUUACGGAUACUCGCCAGCUCCAGCUUACGCCGCCCCGCUGACUUCGGUGGCUUAUAGCGCCUAUCCGGCCACGACUUAUGGCUUCCAGUCACCCACUUACAGUGCCGGUCAGUCGGCUGCUUAUAGUGCUGGUCAGUCGGCCGCUUAUGGUGCUGGUCAGUCGGCCACUUACGGUUCCGGUCAAUCGUCCACUUACGGUUCCGGUCAAUCGGCUGCCACAUCUGCUUACAGUUCACCACCGGUCGCUUCAUAUAGCGCAUCGUCCUCAACACCAUAUAAAUCAGGACCCGUGACAUUCGGCAAACCGGAAGCCGAUUUGCAAACCAACUUUGCACCAUCUUACCAAACGUCCGCGGGACUUAGCAAUUACGUUUCUUCAUCUUUCAAGACCAACAAAUAUCCGUCGUUCUCGCCGUCCUCCUACCCGUCCACGUCUAGCGAAUACUACUCAUCACAACAAUCAUCGUCAUACGGUUCACCGUCCAAACCCAGUAGUUACCCAUCCUCUGUGUACCCAUCCGACAACUCGUAUAACAAAUUCAAGUACCUGCCACAGAGUUCAUUGUACGGUGGAUCAUCGUACAAACCAUCCCCAUCUGCCCAUUACAAACCAUCGUCGCCGUACGAUGCGUUCGCACCAUCUUAUGGACAAUCUUCGUCCUACUCGUCUUCACCACAAAAGUACAGUGGCUCUCCUUCGUACGGUGGUAGCUCUUCAUCUUAUGGUGGUAGCUCUCCAUCUUACGGUGGUAGCUCUUCUUCUUACGGUGGUAGCUCUCCUUCUUACGGUGGUAGCUCUCCAUCUUACAGUGGUAGCUCUCACUCGUACGGUAGUAGCUCUCCAUCUUACAGUGGUAGCUCUCACUCAUACGGAGGAAGCUCUCCUUCUUACGGUGGUAGCUCUCCCUCGUACGGUGGUAGCUCUGCCUCGUACGGUGGUAGCUCUCCCUCUUAUGGUGGAAGCUCUCCCUCAUACGGUGGUAGCUCUCCCUCUUAUGGUGGAAGCUCUCCCUCGUACGGUGGUAGCUCUUCAUCGUACGGUGGUAGCUCUCCCUCUUACGGUGGUAGCUCUCCUUACGGUGGUAGCUCUCCCUCGUAUGGCGGUAGCUCUCACUCAUACGGUAGUUCGUCUCUGUACGCUGGUAGCUCUCCUUCUUACAGCGGUAGCUCUUCUUCGUAUGGUUCACCAUCCCCGUACAAACCAUCGUAUGGAUCAUCAUCGCCUUACAAAUCGUCGUCCCCUUACAAAACGCCAUACAGCAGCUCUGGUCCAUCAUAUGAACCGUCAUCCCCUUACAAGUUGUCUCCAUAUUCUGGCGGAUCAUCCUACGAAGGAUCUUCAUCUCCAUACAAAUCUUCAUCGUAUGAAGGAUCUUCAUCUUCUUAUAAGUCACCAUCCUAUUCAUCCGGUUCAUUCAAACCAAUUGCUUCUUCCUACUCUCAGAGCGAAUAUGAAUCACCGUCAUCUUCUCUUUACAGUUCUAAGCCAAGUUCAUACGAAUACAGUUCUAAAUAUUGACACAAUACAAUGUUCCUUUUUUAGAUAAAUUAAUUUUUAUGAUAAAAGACGUUUAGAUUGUAUGUUUAAAUUUGAAACUUGUGUUUUUUAAAAAUGAAUUAUACAAUCAAGUUAUUUUGAACUGUUGAACAAUUUGAAACAUGUUAGUUCACAAAUAUUUGUUUUUGUAUUAAUAUUAAGGGCUUUAUUUAAAUUACAUUUAUGAAUUAGUGAUUAAAAUUAUAUUAUUAUAAGUGUAAUAAUACGUUAUUUAUUUGAACAGAGAUCAUAAUUAACAGCAAUCAAACAUUAUAUUUAUGAAUUAUAUAAACCAAAUAUAUCUAUAACUAUUUUUUUAAAUAUA